AUGGGAGGGCAGGCGCUGGGCCCGUGCUUCGCCGCAACCUGCUGCGGUUUCCCGUGCGAGCUGCGACAAGGCAGCCCACCGUUGGUGUCUGAAACCGGGCACUGUAUGCUGUGCAACGCGAUGCCUGAAGCUGGCCGUGCGAGUAUGGCUCUGGAAAUGUGCGUGAUGCACUGUCACGCCCCUCCCUGCGCCCCGGCGUCCAUCGCGCCACAGCAAGGCAGUACCGGUACUUGCACGCCCCUCGGCUCGCAGCUCACGAUUGUAAGACGAGCCGCAGCAGCCAAGUACCGCAACAAGUGCGCCUGCACGUCCCGCCCUUCUCCCUUCUCCCUCCCCAAAACAGACCCGACCCAGUCGCAGUCCCAGGCCAAAACAUCUACUUCUCCCCCCCAGAAAAAAAAAAGAAAAAAACCCAACCGAGUUACUUGGGCUCCAAGUACUGCUCGAUCUUCCACCCCCGAGCUUGGGACUUUGCGAGAACCUGAACCUCAGCCUGACCUGGCCAUCGCAAGCUUGCGCUGCACGUCUGGGCCGCGGAUCCACAGCCUGGAACAGCUUCUCUCGCAACGACCGACUUGUUUGCUGCGACCUGAGCUGCAGAGUGCCGACACGAGCAGACGAGGCAUAUCGCUCGCACACGCUUUCCGCAUCCCACGCAUCUGCUGCUCGUCCAGUAGUAUUACCACCUUGCCUCUGAUACUGCCGCCACUCCAACACACGGCGAACGACUAUUUUGCACUUACUUAUCCGUCCAAGACCAAACCCUGGCCGAUCCGCGUCUUCACAGCUCUCUCUCCGGAGUACCGGGCAGUACCACUGCAUCAUUCGCCCUGCCGCUCCCAGCGCCGCGCCAACCAACAUCCGUCGUACGUUGAUGCUGCUUCUUUUUUUCUCAAUUUUUUUUCUCAAUUUUUUCUUGUUUGCUACUGUCUACUGUCUGUCUGUCUGUCUGUCUGCCUACCUGCCUCUCCAUCUAUCCGCGUGUCUGUACUUCCCUCCACCAUCCCCAUCAUCAUUGGCCACCCUCUUGUCACUCCCACCCGGCCUCUUCACUUCAGGUCGAGUCAAGGCCAGGCCAAGCCAAGUCAGGCCAAAGCCAACCGCCCAGCCAGCAGCUGGGAUUGGCACAGAGCUAAGCUGAGCCUUGUCAGCACAUCCAUCCAUCCUCACGCCGAGUCUCGUCCACGCAGACUCGAAUUAUUGACCCCCCCAAUUCGCUCCCGUUCCCUCUUAUUGCCAGCCCAAUUAAUCCCUCUUGGCUCGUUGUCAAUUCGCCGUCCGCACCCGUCACAAUAGUAACCCAAGCCCACCGUCGCCUCGGCUUCGGAUCUGCCCCUAACCAACGCUUUUUGCUGCCCCCACCACCACGACAGACGCAACUUACUUUCCCACUGCAAAACUUGUACUUUGCUAGCCACCUUCUCCCCCAACCCAUCAGUCCACCGCGCGUCUCAGUCAAGCCUUCACCUUUUUUAUUAUAAAUAAUAUUUUUUUCUUUUUUUUCCCCAAUCCCCCCCUCCACGACCUUUUUCGGUGCCACCGCGGUUUCAAGUACUUUGUUGAUCCAAGUGGUCUUGCACUACUUUGGCGAAUUGUGCAACCUGACCCUUUCGGCCCCCAGCUCUGCUCUUUGGUUGACCAAGGAAAAAAAAGCCGAGCCAGACUUGUCCAAGUCGGAUGCUUUAGGCAACAUUGACCUACAUUGAUUGCCUCGCCCGUAA